AUCUCUUCCUUGUGGCUGCCCUGUGGCCGCUCUCUGUUGCUGUUGCUUUGUUAUUUAGCUUUCUAAGAUUGUUCAUGGUUGGUUUAGUUGGUGUGUCAACUCUCAGCAGUUCAUGGGCAUUUUGCUUUUGUGGGCCUUGAAAAGAUGCAAGAGCUUCGUUUUCUCAUGUUGGGCUUUGUGGGUUUCUCGUUUUCUUUUGAAUUUUUUUUUUUCUUAUUUAGCGUCUGGGGUUUUAGUCCUUCUUCCUAUCUAAUCCUCCAUGAAAGGUGGUAGGUUGAUGGGGGUUGACUUCUUUUCUAAGAGGGAGAGAGAGAUGGAGAGAAUUGGAAUUCUCGCAACCAUUACCAAGUCUUUGGGCGUUUUUGUUGGUUUCCUUUCAACUCUAUGAUUCUAAUCCCCGUUUAGUGAUGUGGGUUUUGUUUAUUGCCGAUUUAUCAACACGAGAUUUUUUCUUUUUCCUUUUUCUUUUUCUUGGCGGUGCUGGGCUUUCUGCCACCCUGCCCCUUGUUUGUAAUCGAUUGUCUUCUGUUGUUAAAGGAUUCUUAAGCCAAAAGAAGUUGUUUUUGCUCUUUUCUUGUUCACAUUCUGUAAAUUGAAUGUGGGAAUGGAUUAUUUUAGCUGUAUCACUAGUUAGCAGCCUAUUUUCAGCGAUUCUUUUUUCUUUUUUCCUGUUCGUAUUUGUAGAUAAAGGUGGUAGCUCUUGAAUUGAACCAAUGGAGCAAGGUGAUAAAUGCUAAAGGCUGGUGUUUAAGCCAUUGUGGACUGAGACAAAGACUGUAAUCCUCAAUGGUUAGCUUACGAAGGCGUAAACUCUUGGGACUAUGUGCCGGGAGAAGUUCUUUCUUGAGUCCACUACCUCCAAUUUUUAACAAUGGAACUGCUCCUUUAAGCUCUACUCAGAAUAGCAGGUCUGUCAGUGUACAUCCCCUCCCAUCAGAUGAUGUCAAGCUGCCAGGGGAGAAAAUUGUUUCCAGAUUUGGAGCUGGUUCAUCAAAUCUGUCGGCUUCUAGCUCAUCGAAAGAGCAGCAAUCUCAACCAUAUCCAGGGCAACCAGUCAAACGCAGAAAGCGACACAGGAGAAAGCAUGUUCAAAACCAGGAACCAUGCGUAAUGAGAGGUGUCUAUUUCAAAAAUCUGAAGUGGCAGGCAGCAAUUAAAGUCGACAAGAAGCAAAUCCACUUGGGGACUGUUGGUUCACAAGAAGAGGCUGCCCGAUUGUAUGACAGGGCUGCCUUCAUGUGUGGGAGGGAACCAAACUUUGAGCUUUCUGAGGAGGAGAAGCAAGAACUUAGAAAAUACAAAUGGGAUGAAUUUUUGGCAAUUACUCGCAGUGCGAUUAACAAUAAAAAACACAAGAGACAUAACGGAGCAGGGUUGCAGAAGAGAUCUGAACCUGAAUCUGAAUUGCAGAAUGUUGGUGAAUGGGAUGACAAGCAAGGAGUAAACAGCUUCUCAGCUUCAGAAGAUGGGGAGCCAGAUUCAUCCACCUCCUGAGUAUUUUGGUUUGAGAAUGAGGCUGAAUAAUCCAGUUUCUAACAGUGGAGCUAUAGCUUGUCCUCCAUUUUUGAUGUACAGAGUCUCCUACUAGGUUCUUUUAUUAAGCAGAUGUUAGAGUUAUAAAUGAAUAAAGAGACAGAAAGCUCAGAUAUUAAAUAGGCUGCUACUGUCUGAAAUCCCCAUCAUCUGCAGACCUGUUAGAUGCAUAGAUAUACUUAGUUACUUGACCUUUUGUGCCUCCAUUGUGAGAUGCUGGAAACAGCAGAACAGAAUGUUGGAGAAACUUGGUUUCAAGAAGUGAGGGGCCACAAUUUUUCUGUUGUUUA